GAAGACUUUGACUUGGUGGGUUGGGUGUUAAGGGAAAAAAAAGAUUUUUUUUCUUAUUAAUUAAGUAAAUACUAUAUUACUGUAAUAAGUAAGUUUAUAAAGAGGGGAGACUAUUGUUUAUGGUGUCUUUGCUGCUGACACAUUAAAGCAGCAGAGGAGCGGAGAAGAAUAGAAAAAUCGUUAAUGGACAAUCUUUUGGGUCUUUUAAGGAUCAAAAUCAAGAGAGGUAUAAACCUCGCUGUACGUGAUGUCCGCAGCAGUGAUCCCUAUGUUGUCGUCAAAAUGGGUAAACAGAAACUGAAGACGCGAGUUAUAAAAAAGGAUGUUAAUCCUGAGUGGAAUGAAGAUCUGACCCUUUCUGUUUCAGACGCAAAUCUUCCUGUUAAGCUGACUGUAUAUGAUCACGAUAUGUUCAGCAUGGAUGACAAAAUGGGAGAUGCAGAAUUUGAUAUCAAACCAUUUUUAGAUGCUCUGAAAAUGAACUUAGAUUCCCUCCCAUGUGGCACAGUGAUCACAAGAGCAACGCCGUGCAGGUCAAACUGUCUGUCUGAAGAGAGCAAAGUGACAUGUCAAGACAACAAAGUUGUGCAAGAUAUGUGCCUGAGAUUGAGAAACGUGGAAUGUGGAGAGGUCGAACUCCAACUUCAGUGGAUCGACAUUCCUGGCAGCAAACGUUUAUAGGUUGCUGUCUUCUGUAUUGUAACCUGGUUCGCCCCAUAUCCCUUCAACUCUUCGUGGAUAUGACAAUCGAGUUUGACAUAUAUAGGCCAAGUUCGAUAAAUAUGCCUUUGUACUUUGCACAACAGAGGGUCUGUAGCUUAGUAAAUUAAAGUGAUUUGAACAUUUUAUAUAAUAAUUUGCUGAAAUUGCUUUAGUUAUA